GGGGGGGGGCGGAACCGGCGGGAUGUGGCACGAGGCGCGGAAGCACGAGCGGAAGCUGCGCGGGAUGAUGGUGGAUUACAAGAAACGGGCGGAGCGGCGCCGGGAGUACUACGAGAAGAUCAAGAAGGAUCCGGCCCAGUUCCUGCAGGUCCACGGCCGAGCCUGCAAAAUCCACCUGGAUUCAGCCGUGGCCUUGGCUGCUGAGAGCCCGGUGAACAUGAUGCCCUGGCAAGGAGACACCAACAACAUGAUCGACCGCUUCGACGUGCGGGCGCACCUGGAUCACAUCCCCAGUUACAGCCCAGCCCUGCUGAACCCCAUUUCCCCAGAGCAGGAAUCAGACGAGCGCAAAUGCAACUACGAGCGCUACCGGGGCCUGGUCCAGAACGACUUCGCCGGCAUCUCGGAGGAGCAGUGCCUGUACCAGAUCUACAUGGAUGAGCUCUAUGGGGGCCUACCCAAGCCCAAUGAGGAGGAGAAGAAGAAGCUGGCUGAGAAGAAGGCUUCCAUUGGGUACACCUAUGAGGACAGCACCGUGGCCGAGCUGGAAAACAGCACGGAAAAGGGUCGGGAAGAGGAGGAUUCUGAGGAGGAAAACAGCAACACGGAUGAGGAUGAAGUCAUUCCCGACAUUGAUGUGGAAGUGGACGUGGAUGAGCUCAACCAGGAGCAAGUGGCCGACCUCAACAAGCAGGCGACCACCUAUGGGAUGGCCGAGGGUGACUUUGUCAGGAUGCUGCGGAAGGACAAGGAGGAGGCGGAGGCCAUCAAGAAUGCCAAGGCUCUGGAGGAGGAGAAGGCCAUGUACUCGGGCCGACGUUCCCGGCGCCAGAGGAGGGAAUUCCGGGAGAAGCGCUUGAAAGGCCGGAAGAUCAGUCCCCCCAGCUACGCCCGCCGGGACAGCCCCACCUACGACCCCUACAAGCGCUCCCCAUCGGAAUCGACCUCAUGCUCCCGCUCCCGCUCCCGCUCCCCAUCCCCGGCGCGGGAGGAGAAGAUCACCUUCAUCACCAGCUUCGGGGGCAGCGACGAGGAACCCGCUCCCGCUCCCGCUCCCACCGACGGCAUUCCCGGCAGAGCCCGCGCCGCACCGGGCCAGCCGCUGCCCGCCCAUGGAGCAUCCGCCCGGCGCCGCUCUUCCUCCUCAUCCACGUCGCCCUCCUCAUCCUCAUCCAGCUCCCGCUCCAGCUCCCGCUCCCACCGCGGGGGGGGCUCGCACCGCUCCGGCCGUUCCGGCCGUUGCCAUGGGUACCGCUAUUCCCGCUCGCGCUCCCGCUCCCGCCGCUAUUCCGGAGGGGGGUCCCGGGACGGGCGCCGGCGCUCCAGGUCCUAUUCCCCGGAGCGGGGCCAUCGCUACAGCUCCCGCCGCUGGUCCAGGAGCCGCUCGCGCUCCCGGCGCCGGCGCCAUUGGAGCAGCAGCCGCAGCAGCCGGAGCCGCAGCGAUUCCCGCAGCCCCAGUAGAUCCCAGUCUCCGGAGCGGGACAAGGCUCCGCGCCCCACAGCAUCGCCCGCCGUGGGGGAGAAGCUGAAAAAGCCUGACAGUGCAGCCGGUAAAGAGACGGGAGCUGCCAAACCCAAGCUGACCCCGCAGGAGAAGCUGAGGCUGAGGAUGCAGAAGGCGCUGAACCGGCAGU